AUGGACAGCAGCGCCGUCACCGUCAAGAAGGAGGAACUCGGAAGACUGAAGGCCAUUCGCCAGUUCUUGCUCCGACGCCAUGAGCACAAGCUCCUCAUUUUCUGCUUGGUUGGGCUGUACAGCUGUCGCUGGAGGAGGCGAAAGAUACGAAAGGUGCAGCCAGGAGAAUGGUGCUGCUCGAAGAGGGAGUGUGCAUUUUUCCCGGUGUUGGUUGCAGCGUUGUGUUCCUCUCUUGUCUUUCUGUACUUGUGGGGAGAAGGAAAGAAUGACUACAAUAACUUUGACUGGUUCAGCUACACCAACCUGGGCUUCUGGUUUCUUUGGUCCGUGCUGCUCCUAGCCCUGGCGGCGAUCUCCUUCUCCUACGUCUUGCUCUUGGUGGUCCUGGCCAUGUUCCUGGUGUCGGAAAGACAGCAUCUAUACUUGCAUUACUUCCACAAGGUAAAUCAGGCCGCCGUCCUUUGCAAGAGAAUUGGAACCGUAUUCGUUUUGCUCCUCUCCGCUUCCAUAUUAGCUGUAGUCACAGUAAUGUGGAACGUACAAUGGCAGACGGUCAUAUUGUCAAUGCAGUUUACCGCUCCCUUUCUGCAUGUGAUCGCCCUCAUCUGCAUGGUUCUGCUGUCUUGGCCAGUGGCUCUGUCUACCUUCCGGUUGAACAAAAAAGUUUUGCAGGUGUCGGCUUUGGCGCCCUACCUGGCUCUGCUCCUCUUUCUGUUCUUCAUACCACUAGGAAUGUAUUCUCCUUGCAUCCGGGAGAAUGGGACUUUGGGCCCCAAGCCAGCCCUGAUUGGCCACAGAGGAGCGUCGAUGGUGGCUCCCGAAAACACGCUCAUGUCAUUUGAGAAAACCAUUGAACAUUAUGGUGACGGUCUCGAGACCGAUGUCAGAAUUAGUACUGAUGGCGUCCCUUUCCUCAUGCACGAUGAUACUUUGACAAGAACAACCGACAUUCAGGAGGCCUUUCCAGAACUUGCGAACGAGAGCGCUGUCAUGUUUGCCUGGAGCACACUGAGUAUGCUGAACGCUGGGAAAUGGUUCUUCAAGAAUAGGCCAUUCUACAACACGCCGCCGAUGUCACGCAGUGACAAAAAAUGGGCGAAGGCACAAACCAUUUGCAAACUCAGUGACUUCUUGAACCUCGCCAACCAAGAAAACAAGAUGGUCAUCUUUGAUCUUCACCGCCCUCCCGAGGGGCAUCCGCAUAGGGACACCUGGAUCCAAAAAACUUUGGACGUGCUCCUCACCGAAACGAAGAUCAAGCCCCAUUUGGUCUUGUGGCUGGAAAAUACUGACCGGUCUUAUGUUCAAUCAGUUGCCCCCGGAUUCCAGCAAACUGUUCGCAGAAAAGCUCCCAUUGAAGUACUCCAAAGAGAGAAAAUUGUGAAGCUCAAUCUGAAUUACAGAAAGAUGUCCUCCGAUGACAUUCGGAAAUACGCAGAAGCUAACAUCACCACCAACCUCUACGUGGUCAACGAGCCCUGGCUCUUUUCUCUGGCCUGGUGCGCCGGAGCUUAUUCUGUCACUACCGACGCGGUGCACAUGUUGUCAAAAUUUGAGAAGCCUUUCUUCCUGAUGACUCCGCAGGAUUACAUGAUCAUGUGGAUCCUUGCAGAUGUGUUCACAGGCAUUUUCAUCUCUCUGGUGUUUCUUCUCCAUUGGUCAAGAGAGAAGGUGGCUUCCUGCUGCUCCGGUAACUGCGCCGAUACCCUUGCCAGUGGCCCAUACAGUACGUUCAGUACAGGUGAGACCUUCCUGUACUUCAGAGAUCUUAAUGCCAUGUCGGGGUUGCCAACCGUGGCCUGA